CCGCGACAGUAGUCAGUAUCACGCCAGAGAGGUACGCAGUCAAGUCUCCGUCGUCGUAGUUCAUUACAUUAUUAAUAUUAUCAACAGCACGUGGUUAUUUAUUUAAUUUUUAUUUCCCUCAAAUUUUUUAGAUCUGAUAUCAUUUCCUGCUCUUAUGAAAAAAUAUUAAUUCAAAUCGCGAAUUAAAACAGAACUGAUACGAUUGUAAUAGCUAUGUUUUAAAGAUACUAAUAAUAAAACAGGAAAAGCUCCUGAUAUUUUUAUAACAAGCAAGGGCGGUCCCUCUUAAAUCGAAAGGUGAAUUUGAAUUAUUAAUCAAAACGGAAGUGAUGGAACAACAAUUGACUGACUUCUUCAUAAAAAUCUUCGAGUUAACUGAUUUAAAAUUUAGUCUCACAGAUUCUAAUUUUAAAGUGCAACGGGAGUGACACGAAAUCAACUGAAUAGGUCUUCUUGGAGAAAACAAAACAAGAAAUCUUGAUAUUUCUUGAUACUUUAAAAUUUAAUUCCACUAAAACUACUCAUUCUUUUAGAAAAAAUACAGAAUCGAUUUUACAAUAAAACAGAAGUGACGCAGUACCAACCAAAUUACAUAUUUCUAUCAAAUUAAAUGAAAGCAUUUAUCUGUUAAUUAAAACUGCAAUAAUGUGGUACAAUUCCAUAACUUCUACCUCAGAACCACAACCACCACUGAAAUGUAAAAAUGUUUUCACCGUGCGAUAUCCCGAAGGCCCAAAAAUGUGGAAGUGACAGUGAAAUCUCACAUCAAAAGAAAUGAAAAAAAAGUGAACCGUAGAAACAGUAAUUAGCAAGCUAAACGUUAAGCAACUAAAUGUCCAUCAUGAAACAAAUGGAAAAAUUCGAAGAACAUUCUCCGCAAAAGCUCCCCAGUCCCUAAUAGCACUUGGCUAAUAGCUGAGCUAAAUAAAACAAUCUCAUAAUUAACAUCUAAUGGAUAAGACCCAGAAUAAUGUGUCAGCAAUUAUCAAUUCACCGUCCUCACCAUCUAAAAAUCAUCGAAAAGUCAUCUAAGAAGCGAAAACGAAGACUGAAGCCAGUGAAAGAAUGAGUUCUUACGAUGUGAACUCGAGUGAAUCAUCGAUUUAUGUAAAUUAUUACAAAUCCACGGAGAAGGCACAACUUAAUAUUCCCUACGCUGUCUGCGAGAUCGUCGUCGCAGUGUGUGCAGUCGUGGGAAAUGGCCUUGUCAUCACUGUCUUCAGCAGGGACAAGAAGUUGAGACGAAGGACCAAUUACUACAUCAUUUCUCUGGCAUCGGCUGAUCUCCUGGUGGGACUAUUUGCCAUUCCCUUUGCCGUUCUCGCCAGCAUUGGCCUGCCGACCAAUCUCUAUGCCUGCCUCUUCACGGUAUCGGUGCUUGUUGUCCUGUGCACGAUAAGCAUAUUCUGCUUGGUCGCUGUAUCCAUCGACAGGUACUGGGCGAUAUUGUAUCCGAUGGGCUACUCCAGGAAUGUGCGCACCAAAACAGCUAUAGGAAUAAUCUGCGUCUGCUGGAUAGCUGGUACCCUAGUCGGUUUUCUUCCCCUCCUUGGCUGGAACUCGGGGAUUAAAAAAACCGAUGACAAAUGCAUCUUUGUUGAAGUUAUGGAUUACAACUACCUCGUCUUCCUCUACUUUGCCACGAUAAUCUUUCCGGCCUUCCUCAUCGCCGCCUUUUACGCCCACAUCUAUCGUGUCGUCAUCCAACAGUUGCAGCAGAUGAUGCCGAUGAAGCCGAUCAAUCCAACCGGGCCAAAGCCAAAGAAUCAAAAGUCCAAAGUCAAGCUGAUGAGCAGUGAUGGAUCAUCAGGACCAAUGAUGCUUCGUCUUCUAGGAGCAGCUCAGAAGCGAGAAGUCAAGGCCACUCAGAAUCUCUCGAGAAUCGUCAUAUUCUUCAUCAUCUGCUGGUUUCCACUCUACACCAUCAACUGCGUCAAGGCAUUCUGUCCUGACUGCGAUGUCAAUGAUUUUGUUCUGAAUUUUAGUAUUAUUUUGUCGCACGUGAAUUCAGUGGGGAAUCCCAUUCUUUACGCUUAUCAUUUGAAGGAUUUUAGAGCUGCCCUGAAGGCCUUCAUCUGUGGCUCGUUAUUUCCCAGGAGAGUCAAGGGUAAGAGUGAUGAGAAUGCUGGGGGCGAAGUGCGGGGGAGUGUCGCCUCCAAAAAAUUCCGGGGGUCGUUGAUCGCCGCCAGGAGACAUGGUCCGGGGGAUGUGACGGGUGUGAUGAUGGUUCUGCCAGUGGCUGAGGCCGUUGAUAGCGGAACCAACUCGACUCCUGAUAGUCGACAGCCCAGAAAUUGUCAGCAGGACUCCGGUCAUACAGCGAGUGGUGGAGGAGAUGCCGAGGGGGAUGGGGGUAAUGGUGAGCAUUUGGGGGAGGAAGUGAGGGUGGAGGUGAAUCAGGGGGUUGAAAGUCAUGUACUUUAUCUGAGGGCGGAUGAGAUCAUCGUUGAGAAGAGUGUUAAUGUUUAGGAAGUGGUGGGUAGUGUGGGGUUGGUUGUUGGGGGCGAUGAUCUAGCGUUUUGGGGGAGACACGGAAAAGACAGAAGUCAGGACGAUUCACUAUCUCUGGAGAAUCACCGCAUCCUUCGUCACUUCCUGGUGAUUUCGUUGUUAAUUUUAACGUCAUUUUUGUCCUAAAUUUGGGAUUAUUUUAGAGGAAAAACGAUUUCCGAUGAUUAUGAUUUGGGGAAAAAGAAUGGGGGUGAACGAAGGGGGGGUUGCUUCCUGGAGAGAGGUAUAUGUAGAGGUAGUUAAUCGUUAUCAUCACGUGCGGAGAGGAAGGGGGGAAUAUCGUGAAGUUAUGUAUUUUCCAGGGAAAUGGUUUAAUUAGAUUAAGUAAGUUUAUGUUUAAUCGAGUCAAUAAAAAUCUUUAUCUGUACUUUUUACUUAAUAUUUUUUAUAUUUACUCGCCAUCGAGAUAAUAAAAGGGAAACUCUCUUUUGAAAAAGGACAUUUCCAAACAGAAUCAAAUUAAAAAAUUCUUCAUUGAUUGAAAUUUUUACUGGAACAAGUACCUUCAGUAAAAGUUAUAUUUUGUGAUAAAUUCACUCAUAUAUCGAAAGAAAUACACAAUUAUGAAGGAAUCCAAAAUCAUACCUACGUCUGACGCAUUCCU